CUGAGUGUUUCUCCACUGCUGUCAUUAUUCAGCUCCUCUGCUGCUGCUGCUGCUGCGAGAUAUUUCACCAUCCACACUGAGACAGACCUCAAGAAACACACACAACUCAAAUCACUCAGGAUGUCUCGGGAGCAGCAGGCAGUGGCUCGUGCCAGGAAGGCCUUCGAAACAGGCAGGUCCAAAUGUUUAGAGCACCGCGUCCGCCAGCUGAAGAACCUGCAGCGGAUGUUCACUGAGAGACAGAAAGAGAUUUCAGAUGCCGUCAAGAAAGACCUCAAUAAGAGUGAGGUUGGGACCCAGCUGUAUGAGACCCUGGGGCUGGAGGGAGAGAUCAGCCUGGCCAUCAGGAAGCUGAAGGAGUGGGCCGCCCCUCGGCCUGUGGAGAAGAACCUUCUGACCAUCUCAGACACUGUCUACAUCAAGCCGGAGCCGCUGGGAGUGGUGCUGAUAAUCGGGGCCUGGAACUACCCCUGGGCCGUCACCAUACAGCCACUUAUCGGAGCCAUCGCUGCUGGCAAUGCAGCUGUGGUGAAGCCCUCUGAGGUCUGUGUUCACACUGCAAAGGUCAUGGAGGACCUGCUGCCAGUUUACAUCGACAAAGAGCUUUACCCUGUGGUAACUGGAGGUGUGCCAGAGACCCAGGAGCUGCUGCGCCAGCGCUUCGAUCACAUCUUCUACACAGGCAACAGCAUGGUGGGAAAGGUGAUCAUGGAGGCUGCUGCCAAAAACCUGACACCCGUCACCCUGGAGCUGGGCGGGAAGAGCCCCUGCUACAUCGACAAGAACUGUGACAUAAACAUAGCCUGCAGGCGAGUCGUCUGGGGAAAGUACACCAACUGUGGGCAGACCUGUAUCGCCCCAGAUUACAUCCUUUGUGAGCCCAGCAUCCAGGAACGAGUUAUUGAAGAGGUCAAGAAGUCUAUUAAGGAGUUCUACACAGAAAACCCAAAGACUUGCCCCGACUACGGACGCAUCAUCAACCAGCGCCACUUCAAGAGGAUAAUGGCCAUGCUGGAUGACAGCACCGUCGCUGUAGGCGGAGACAAUGAUGAGUCAGACUGCUACAUCGCCCCCACAGUUUUGCGGGAUGUGAAGCCAGAGGCAAAAGUGAUGCAGGAGGAGAUAUUUGGACCUCUGCUCCCCAUUUUAUCCAUCAGUGGCCUGGAUGAAGCGAUCAAGAUUAUCAACAAAGGAGAAAAACCUCUGGCCCUCUACGUCUUUACAGCAGAUGACAAGGUGAUAAGCAAGAUGAGAGAUGAGACCUCCAGUGGAGGCCUGCUGGCCAACGACUGUCUUGUUCACUAUUCUGUCAGCUCUCUGCCUUUCGGAGGAGUGGGAAACAGUGGUAUGGGCUGCUACCACGGCAAGUUCAGUUUUGACCAGCUGAGCCACCUGCGUGGUUGUCUGAUCAAACAGCUGAAAAUGGAGGGGGUGAACAGCAUGCGGUACCCGCCUCACACACCCAAGAAACUGGGCUGGGCCCGAUUCUUCCUCCUGAAGAACCUAGAACUGGGCUGGAUGGGGCGGAUGGCGCUGUUAGCCGUCCUGGUUGUGGCGGCUGCUUUUGCUCUACAGAAUUAUCUCCUUUGAAGACAUCACACUGCUCUCCAGACAACAAACCUCCUUCACCCUGAGGACCUGAGAGAAGAAAAGCAGCAGCAUGAAGUUCGUAACAUCACAUCAAUGAGUUUCUGAAUGAAUAAGAUCAAAAUCUGCACAAGACACUAAUGCUGCAGUACAGUGAAUGUUCAGGGUGUUGCCUUAAAUCAUUCUUUAUUUCAGUAACAAUAUCGUAAGUUUCACAAUGUAGUGAGCGCUCUCAUUUCCAGAAAGUAACUAUUUAUUCCAUGCACGCCUCUUACAUGUGUGUUCAGUAUCACUACCUAUUGUUUUAACCUGUUAAAACAGGUUUGCAUAUUUUAAGGACAUGUUUUAAACACACUAUAUAAUUGACCAAUUAUCGUCGUUAUUUUGCUAUGAAUGAUUUUAAAUGAAGUAACACAAUGUGUGUAAAGCUCAUCACUGUGAAAUAACAAUAUUUGUAGCAAUCAAUGCUCACUGAAGAUGAAGUUCAUAAAAUAUAACUGUUUUUAUUGUUAAAUAAUUAACUACCAUUAAUUUAGGGUCCAAUCUAUUUCAAUAAUGGAUCAACCAUUAACUUUACGUCCAGCCUAAAGGGACCUGAGUGCAGGUUUGUUUGUUUUUUCAGUAUGUGUUUUUUUUGUGACGGCAAAGAUGGAGACAACGUGUUGAUUGUAGUGUUUGAUCAUGAGUCAGAAUCAGACACGAUCAUGUGAAGGACAUUUUAUUUCAUUUUCUUAAAACACCAAAUGCCCUUUAACAAAUUUAACUAUUAUUGUAAAUUGUUUGUCAAUCUUUAAACAACUGUCAUAGCUGAAUGUGUUUUUUUAAAUCAUACUAUCAAAGAUUUUAAGUACUUUUAAUUAAUAGUUGAAUAUAUCUACAUGUAUUUCUGUAUUGGACUGAUAUACAAAUAAAUAUAUUUAUACAUGUA